AAUGGGUUCUCAUAUUUUGAUAUAAUAAAUGAUCAGUUGAGAAUUUGUGUUGCUUUCGUGUGUCAAUAUGAUGUCAAAAGCAGACGAUGACUCCGCCAAUCACCAAUCGGAGAAUUUGGGGAACAAUAAACACGAACCCCAGCUUUCGGAACCGCUUUCAGAGAAAUUGCAAGAUUCGACUGCUGUUGGGCCGGAUCCAAACAUUUUCCCAGAUGGCGGCUUUCAGGCAUGGUUUUGUAUUGUCGGUGGAUUCUGCACGAUCUUUGCCAGCAUGGGUUGGGUGAAUUGCAUUGGAGUCUUUCAAGACUACUAUCAAGCUCACCAGCUUUCAUCUUAUUCGCCUAGUACUGUAGCAUGGAUACCAGCAGCACAGUCAUUCAUGUUAUUCUUUUUCGGUUUAGUUUCGGGCAAAAUGGCAGAUAGCUACGGCCCACGUUGGCCGUUGCUAAUCGGAUCCUUUUUACAUGUUUUUGGGCUGAUGAUGAUAUCGCUAUCUAAAGAGUACUAUCAGAUAUUUCUUGCACAGUGUAUCUGCAGUGGCAUAGGAACAAGCUUUUUAUUUUACCCCACUGUUGCUGCAGCAGGCACUUGGUUCAAAAGACAUCGAGCACUCGCGUUCGGUAUUAUGGUGUCUGGAUCUAGUCUCGGUGGUGUCAUACUUCCGAUCAUGGUCCAGAACUUGAUUCCAGAAGUCGGAUUUCAAUGGGCAAUGCGCAUUACUGCAUUCCUUCUUCUUGGGCUUCUGAUAGUCGGUAACAUAGCUGUCAAGUCUCGCCUCCCUCCCGUCCGAAAGCCUUUCUCGGUGAAAGAGUAUUUCAUUCCAUUUUUUGAAAUACCGUUUCUACUGCUUGCUAUCGGUUCCCUUUUAAUCUACUUCGGUGCAUUCUUGCCUUUCAACUUUAUCAUUGUUCAGGCAAAGGAGGCAGGCAUGUCCACCGACCUUGCAAAUUAUCUCAUUCCGAUUGUCAAUGCAGCAAGCAUUUUCGGAAGAAUCCUUCCCGCCCACCUUGGAGAUAUAUGUGGAGUCUUCAAUGUAUGCAUUGUCUUCACGCUUUUCUCAGGCAUUAUAAGUCUUGCGAUAUGGCUACCUGCCGAUAACAAUGGCCUGUUGAUUGCCUUUGCGAUCCUAUAUGGUUUCGCGUCAGGUUUGACACUGGCGAUUAUUCCUGCCUUGGUAGCUUCAAUCUCAGACAUUCAAAAGCUAGGCAUCCGCGUAGGCACCUUGUAUGCCUUCUCCUCAUUUGGUGUUUUAUUCGGUAGCCCGAUUGCUGGGGCAAUUGUGACUUCACAGAAUGGCGGCUACUCCGGCCUUAAGAUCUUUUGUGGUAUCACAUUAAUCGCAGGUGGUCUUUUUGUCGUUCUCUCGCGGAUCGUAUUAGUUGGCCCUGGACUGCUGGCUAAGAAAUGA